CUUAUCCAAGCAGAUGAUAAAGAUGAAGGGCACACCAAGUGACAUCAUCACAGCAAUCAAACCACUCUACCCCGCAAGAGCGCCAUGUUCAUUUGGGGUGGCUGGGAACACAAAGUGGUGGCUGGUGGUACCACCGCGAGCAACCGAUGCGGGGGAACAAGCAGAGGCACAAUCACAACCUCGGCUGGGUAUCUUAUCUUAUCGCGCCCCGCUUAGGGUUGGUCCUUCGCCCCGCAUACUGGUCCACUGAAAGGCAUCAUUGGCCCAAGGGCAAUCAAGAUCAUCAUACUCUAGCAGUAUUUCCGGCCAUUGCGGUGCAAUCCGGUGAAAUUUCUCCGGUGGAGGCAGAAGUUAUAAAGUACCGUCAACGACAGGGGUGCACUUCCACCCAGGAAUCAUUUGCCGAAUCCCAAUCCGAUAACUAGGGUACCACCCAUCAAAGGAUCGUCGACCAUGCGCUGGAAAAUCAUUUGGCCUCAACUCCUCAGGCUGGGCCUGCUGGGAGUAACUGCCGUGCAGGCCGUGAACCUCAGCACUUCUGCACAGAGUCUCUUCGACGAGUCGAUGGUCAUCCAAGAUGCGAUCUACGACCCGGCUGCCGCGUAUCUCCGAUACUUUUACUUCCCGCUUGCGGCUGGGCCGCAUGAGACCCGGUCCAGCGUAUGGUAUGCGGCGGGGUUGCUGCAACGAGAUCGUGGAGAGGACCGCAAUGAAGCGGUGAGGAUCUUGCAGAAUGUCAUCGGGGGGCAGGAGAAGAAUGUCUCGGUGCAGUGGUACGGCGAUUACACCAAGUACCCAGAACAACCGACGGUGGGGACGCCGGCUUAUCCUCCUGUUAUCUAUAAUUCGUGGGAUCCCAACUGGCGAGGGUUCAUCGGGACGGCGUUGAUUGUCAUUUACGAGGAAUUCGGCGACCGACUGCCCAGAACCGUGCAGGAGCUGAUCCUCGACAGCCUGUACAACAACACCGUCGGGGAUACCUACCGCGUCGGUGGCGUGGAUGGCGACAAUCUGUACCCCGCGUACUCGAACGCCUGGCUGAUGCGGACGGUGGUGGGCUCCUGGACAGGACGCAAGUUCGGCAAUGCCAAUAUGACGGCCGCAGGCGACCACGACGCCCGUGCGUUUUUGGAAUUGUUCGACCGCAACGGCACGCUCUCCGAGUUCAAUGGACCGACCUACGCCGGCGUCUCGCUGUAUGCCCUCACCAUCGCGGCCAAGUACCUCGGCGCGACGAACGCCACCAUCGGCCAGCAGGCGCACCGCGUGAUCGAGACCAUCUGGGGCUACGAGUCGCAGCUGUGGAACGCCAACCUGCGCAACUUCGCCGGGCCGUGGGAUCGAUCAUACGGCUAUGACAUGAACAAGUACGUGGCCAUCAUGUCGCUGUGGGUGUGGUCGCUGGUCGACAAGGAGCACGUCUUCCCCAAUGCGACCUCACCAAUCUGGACGAUGGCCCACGCCGACGACUUUGAGAUCGCGCCGCUCGUUGCCGUUCUGUCGGAAUUUCAUCAAACCCUCGUUCCGGCCGCUGCCCGCGCGCGUCUGCAAGGGUUCGCGGAGAACGAGCAGCGUACCUACAAUGGGCACGCCUUUGCUCCGCCGGCGGAUCUCGAACCGCGCAACAUCACCACCUGGCUGUCACGUAACUUGACCAUCGGAACCGCCUCCUUCAAUCAGUCUGUUGUAGGUGGAUUCUCGGAGGAUUCGACCUCGUUCAGCCCCGUUGUCGUGCAGUGGCUCCGCCCUGACGCCUCGAUCGGGUACUUCAACCUCUAUGCUGAAGAGACUGCCCUGGUGGCCGACGUCGCCCCCUACGCGUUGAAUCUCACCUACCCGCUGGGCAACGCGUCGAGCACAUUUACGUUCGUGCUGGCUUCGAACCCUCUCGGCGCGAAGCGUGAUAUCGCUGGGUUCGAGGAUGUAGACGGGCUCAGGAUCAAAGUGGUAGGCGGUACUGUUGAUCCCGUUCCAGAUAUCUCGUUUUGCGGGCUCUUGGGCGGCACGUGUGAAGUGAUUCACAAUUUUGAGUUCUGGAAUGUGACAUUCUCCUUGCCGGCGAGUUCCACAGCGGUUCCGAGCGUACAAUUGGAAUUUGGGUUCUGAGACGAAGAUUGUGUUAUUCGAGACCAAUAGGAUACGUGGUAGGCAAUAAUGAUCGGAGCUCUUGGCCUUUCGCUGCAUAGUGAAAUUUAGCAAGCGAGAAACAUGCUAUUCAAUGACUUAUCUCCUUCUGUCAGGCAUCACGGUGAAAUUGUUCGGUAGAGUACAGACUCAUGGAGCAAUGCAAGAGGAGUCGACCUGCUCUCGAACAAGAAGAUGAGAGGGCUCUUGAGCGUAUGUGAAAGCAGCAAUGGUGGAUGAAGGGAUGAGUGUUUGAU